UGGAACUAAAGAAGCCUAAAAGAUCUGGAGCUUAAAAGGUCUGGAGCGAGAGACAAAAGCAAAGACGUGUGUACAGCUCACAAGGAAAAGACAUGCGUUGCUCCAGUGCAAAAGCUCAAGAAUCGUCCCUCAGCCUUUGUUCUUGGAAUACGACGAAAAACGAAACAUGCUGACAAACAGAGCGGAAGUCAAAUUUAUGUCGUGUCGCAGAAUCCAAAGCGGGCUACAAAUGAUACAAGGACACAGCAUUAUGGUUGCUGGAAAAUUAUAAGUUAACUGAUGCCCGUGUUAUUUUGAUAGCUCGUCUUACAUGUUCCUGUUUUAAUUCUAAAAAUGUUACAGGAAGUUUGUGAUCGAGAGCGGUUCUUUGCUCUUGAACUACAGGAACUGACCAAUUAUAAUACGCUAGAAGUAGACGUGCUUAUCUGACUGCUUCAGCCUGAUGUUAAUAAGUUCUUCGCAAUUGCCCUAAAAUAGAUCUUCUGUUAGAGGAUGACAUCAUCAAUCACACUGAAAGUUCUCAGGAGAAACUUCCAUAUUGUUUUGUGUUGCCUCUUGUGUCCGAUGCCCCUUCCUGUUUCAACAUUUCCGCCGGAAGUGCACGAUAGCAAGUUUCAGUUCUUUCGCGAGGGUGACGUCAACAUAGGUGCGGUUGUCUCCUUUCACCGGGUUCUUCGACAGCAUGGGGCAAAGAGCGCAGGCUGUAUGGAAAAGGAACAUGGCCAAAAGGGGAAAGUAAACACCGAGAAAGGAGGAAACGUUGUUUUAAAGCAUCGUCAUCACAAAGAGAAUACAGACACAUCAAUAGAUCUGAACUUCUGUAAAGAUGAGGAAGUCACGAAACAGAAUGGAGAGGGUGGUGAUCACAUUAAAAUGAAAGAUAACAGGAUAGCCACAGACCUAGACAAUGCUGUUCCAAAUACUCCCGGUGAAAACACGAGUGCCGCCACUAAUUCAGUCGAGUCUGAUUUGCAUGCCAGAACGCAAAAGACCGAAUCUCAGUCAGGGAGUACAAAUCCGAAAUCUUCAUCCUACAAGUAUCCCAGUAGCCAAUCAAGGAGAAAGCGAAGAAGCAUUGACAGAAGAGUCUGCAGUGACACUAUACAAGGUUAUCAGUCGCUUGAAGAUGUGGCGGCCAUCUUGUUUGCUCUGGAACAGAUCAACAACAGGACUGACAUACUUCCCAACAUAACUCUCGGUGUUUACAUUCUAGAUGACUGCUCUUCUGAGUCCAUGGCAUUGGCAAGGUCUCUACAGUUUAUGCCCGCGGCUUCUGGCGCUCUGGGUGAUGCUAUGUUGAAACACUACAGUUCACCUCAACAAACUGCACAAACGUCGGACGCCAAGAUAGAAAAACCUACUGCGACGCGUCAUCAAGCAGUCCACAUGGAAUCAAAGUCUAGUGAUUCUCGUGUGAAGGAAGGCGUUGACGAAGAAGGUUUACUUAAUCUGAAGCGGUCACGAACUCGUCGUUCUAUAUUUCUUUCUGAGAAAAGAAAAGGAAAAGUGGGUAAAGAGUUUGUAGAAAGUUUGAAAACUUUUCAAGGUAAAGUGCGUCUUAGGCAUAGGAGAGUAGUCGAGAAAAUGAGUAAGAAAAACAACAAUGUUGACAGGAUUUACGCAUUGAAAAGUAUGCCACAGAAUAAACGACAAGCAGAACACAAAGAAGGUUUGGUAGAUGACAAGAAUUCAAGCCACGACUUUGCAGAUCCGAAUAUUGCACAAGCCGAAGGAAAAUCGGAAAAAUCUCCGAAGUACGUCCUCAAAAAUGUAACUGAUGUGUGCGCCCAGCGUGCAUUUGACGCUAAGAAAGAUAAAGGGCGACGUAGACUACGCCGGAAAGAAAGACUGCCUCCUUUCUAUGAGGUAGUUGGUGUGGUUGGCGCCUACACCAGUUCUCUGAGCAUCGUGGUGGCGGAUGUGAUGACGCUGUUUGGCUUGCCACAGAUCAGCCACGCCUCCACAGUGGACACCCUUAGUGACAAAAGCAAGUUCCCGUAUUUUUUCAGAACUCUUCCACCAGAUAGGUACCAGAUUCGCGCAAUGGCAGAGCUGAUCCGUCACUUCAGUUGGAAUUUCAUCUCGUUGGUGUACUCAGCCGACCCCUACGGUCUCAACGCAGAGAAAUCUCUUCGCUCGCUCCUAGCAGGCAUGGAGACGUGCAUUGCCCAGAGCAUCGAACUCACAGAUUCUAUGGGCCCGAACGACUACGACCGAGUUAUAGACAACCUCAGGGUCUACAGAAAUGCCCGUGUGGUGGCGCUGUACGCUGACAUCAAACACAUCCAGCCUUUGAUGGCGGCAGUGAGGCGCAAAGAAGCUUACCGAGAGUUCAUCUGGGCCGGAAGCGACACGACCAGUCUCGUUUCCGACAUGGAGAACGAGAACUGUCGGUACAUUCUGGGCUCGCUGAGCGUAACCUUCUUUUCCUCUACUCCUCCAGACUUCAUCAACUACUAUCAUGAUUUCAUCAAAAACUACAUAGAUAAUCAGCAAGUGUCUACCUUUAAGACAGCGUACGCAAAAGGCAAAUUUGAGGGUGGGGGGACUGGAGAGGUAAACACAACGUCCAACAGUUCAGAUCGUAGCCGACAUACAGUGUGGUCUGGUACGGUGGAGGACACCGACUGGGACAAAUACUACCCGACUUUCGCUGUCCCAUACGCUAUAGAUGCAGUGUACGCUUUUGCCUACGCUCUACACAACUUUGUGCUAGACAACUGCCCAGGUGCAACAGGCUCCGACGUAAAGGAAUGUCUACGAGGCAAGUCUCUUCUGCCCUAUUUGAAAUCUGUUCGCUUCCAAGGAUCGUCAGGGGACGUGUGUUUCAACGACGCUGGAGACGCAGUGGGCAAAGUGGCUAUAACACAAUGUCAGAUCCGCCACGGUGAAGCCAAGCAAGUGGCAAUCGGGGCUUGGGACAUGAAAUACCAGAAACUAAUUCUAGAUAACGAGCAACAGUGGCCUAACGGGUCGAGUUUAAUUCCUGCUUCAGUGUGCGCAGAACCGUGUCCUGCUGGAGACAUCUACACAUUCCCGAAACAAACGUGCUGUUGGAAGUGUGUUAGCUGCAAACCCAAUGAAAUCACGGUGAACGACACGACCAGAUGUGUUGAAUGUCCGGUGUUGGAGUGGCCGGACGAGACGAAAAGAGAACGUUGCUUUCCCAUCGAGCCGACCUUCGUUAACAUCCGAGAUUCACUCCCUUUGUCCCUGGCAAUUGUCGCAGUCCUGGGUUUGGGGACAUCAACGGUGACUGCGUUCAUCUUUUAUUUAUACCGGAACGAGAGAGUCAUUCGCUCAUCCAGUAAAGAACUCAGCUUUUUCAUGCUUAUCGGAGUAUUUGUAGCUUUCCUGUUGGUGUUCAGCUUGCUGGUCCCUCCCACGGGUCUGUCUUGCUAUGCCAGCCAUGUUGGAUUUAGUUUGACCUUCACCCUCGUGUAUGCGCCAUUGCUCGUCAAGACCAACAGGAUAUACCGGAUUUUUGCAGCUGGGAGGAAGACUGCAGCCUUACCCAGGUGGACUUCUUCCUCCUCGCAGCUCUUCAUUGCUCUGCUCUUUAUCCUCAUGCAGGUGCUGAUCGUAACCAUCUCGACCAUCCUGAACCCACCCACUGUGGCGCACUGCAUGCCGGUCCGGACCGAAAAGCACGUGACCAGAUACUGCGACAUGCCGCUGUCCGGCUUCCUCUCUUCACUCGCCUUUAACCUCGUUCUCGUCCUCGUCUGCACCUGGUACGCCUUCAAAACGAGGCGACUCCCGGACAACUACAACGAGUCGCGGUACAUCGCCUUCUGUGUCGAUACGACCGUUCUCAUCUGGGUCUCUUUCAUUCCGACGUACUUCACCAUCACUAGGCCUUACUAUAAGGUGUUCAUCCUAGCCUUGGCGCUGCUCAUCAACUCUAUAGUGUGCCACCUGUGCUUGUUCGUGCCCAAACUCUACACCCUGUAUCUGACCAAACGCAAAGAAGGGUCGACGUCUCGCUCAGUCGAAGAGAGGUCAGAACUCAAUAUUCAGUUGGCCAGCAACACAAGUUUCUCUGGAAUUUUCCGCUCCACCACUGGAGGGCCUUUGGGUGGGUACAAAGACAAAAGCAGCACUGUUGCUCAUUCGCAAACCUCUAAUCAAAAACUUGGCCCGGACGGGAGGAUCCAUGAAAACGGAGGAGCAAGCCAGGAAGUGCAUUUGUUAACAUUACCAGAAGAUAUCGUUAUUCAAAGUGAGACUAAUCUAUCGGUAUCUUCCUCUGAACAAUCAGACUCCAUCUCAUGAUUGACAUAGGGCCACGAUUUAACUUGACAGUGAUCGCCCUCCUGCCAUUCUCUGAUGAGCAACUACUUUUGCCUACCUUCAGAGCAAUGAAGCAUUAUGUCUUCUGGCCAGUUCACUGCCGAAGAGCUGGGUCUGUGGUCACUGUAGAACCAAAACCGUGCCAGGCAGGCCCUAUUGCAUGUGUUGCGAGAGACACCAGAGCUUGGCUUACAGUGAGCUCUUUCUACCUCUUCCCUCACAAUUAUCAUCGUGUCUCCUCUUCGGUUCACUUCCCGCAGCCUUGACACUUGACCUCGACUUUGAGAGUUCAUAAGCCAUGAUUUCAUUUUACAGAUUCCAAAGAUUUUGAUAUCGUGGGGGUGGUGUCAGCUCAGCUGGUGUCGUAUUGCGACGCGGGCAACCCUUUGUUUAAAUCCCACUGCUUGGAGAGUUUCAAAGCUCUCCACACUCUUGAAUCGUUUGAACGAUGGUUUUAGUGGUCUCGGCUCUCAUAUAACCUAUCUGUGUUGAAAGCGGUAUGAAUGUAUUACCAUAACGUACCAGCAUACAAUGUCUCACGCCACGCCUGCUCCUACCCUUCUGACGCAGCGCAAGCCUUAUUAAAAACGUGAAAAUAUUUAUGGAAUUUUCAUUCAAACAAUUCUCGUUGUCUUGUCGCAUGACACGAUUCCGACAUGGCCCAGUUCGCUGAUUAACCCCUCGUCAAAACAUUAUUUAAUGCACCACCGACACCAUAUCACUGUCAUGUGCUGUCUGGCCAAAAUUAUUUUCAGAUUAAGAACAUGCGUGACAUCACAUUACCGAUGUUUUGAACAUGUGCAAUCACUUAAAUGUCGAUUCGGAGAAGCAGACUAAACUGUGGAUCACACAGAGCUCUAAGACAUGCAACAUGCAGGAGAAGAUGCUCAGGACAACGUAAGGACUUAGCAGGACGGUUCAGUUAAUAAUAGGUAUUUGUCUGCGAGUAUGAUGCGAUCCUGAAGAAGAAGAAGAAGAAGAAGAAGAAGAAGAAGAAGAAGAAGAAGAAGAAGAAGGAGAAGAAGAAGAAGAAGGAGAAGAAGAAGAAGAAGAAGAAGAAG